CCUCAAACAUCAACUAGAAAUACAAACAACUAUGAAAAUGAGGUUUUGUGCUUUGGUAAUUUUCUCUUUGUUGUUCUCCUCAUUCCAAGGAGGCUUAGCUGAGCAAUGUGGCACGCAAGCAGGGGGUGCUCUUUGCCCAGAUGGGUUGUGCUGCAGCCAGUAUGGCUGGUGUGGCACCACAGCUGAUUAUUGUGACAAUGGUUGUCAAAGCCAAUGUAGCGGUGGUGAUGAUGGUGGCGGUGACAGUGGCGGUGGUGGCAGUGGUGGUGAAGGAGGAGGAGAUAUUGGUAGUAUAAUUUCAAGGGAUGAUUUUGAUCAGCUACUACCGUAUCGUAAUGAUGCUGCCUGCCCUGCUAAGAAUUUCUACACUUAUGAUGCUUUCAUAGAAGCUGCAAAUUCCUUUCCUGGCUUUGGCACAACUGGGGACACUGACAUUCGUAAAAGAGAGAUAGCUGCUUUCUUAGGCCAAACUUCACACGAAACUACCGGGGGAUGGGCAACUGCACCUGGUGGCCCAUACUCUUGGGGGUAUUGCUUUGUUAGGGAAAUAAAUGGUGGAUCAUACUGUGCAGCGAAUCCCAAUUAUCCUUGUGCUUCUGGUCAAGAAUAUUAUGGCCGUGGUCCUAUCCAAAUUUCAUGGAACUAUAACUAUGGGCAGUGUGGAGAAGCCUUAGAGUUGGAUCUAUUGAACAACCCAGACCUUGUGGCCACUGAUCCAGUUAUUUCAUUUAAGACAGCAAUUUGGUUCUGGAUGACUCCACAGUCACCAAAGCCAUCGUGCCAUGAUGUAAUUAUCGGAAAUUGGAACCCGUCUAGUGCUGACGUUGCAGCUGGUCGGCUUCUCGGCUAUGGUACCACCACAAACAUCAUCAAUGGUGGCCUUGAGUGUGGUCAAGGUUCGAAUGCUCAGGUGGAGGAUCGCAUUGGAUUCUAUAAGAGGUAUUGUGACUUUUUUGGAGUUGGCUAUGGUGACAACCUUGAUUGCUACAACCAAAGCCCUUUUGGAAAUGGGUUGUUGGUGGACACUAUGUAAUUCAAUAGUCCAAAAUUCUGAAUCUAGGUUACUAGAUUUAGUUUGUGGACACCAUGUUCUAAUCCUAGCUUUUUAAAUUACUUGGUAUUACCUUGUAGUCAUGUGGUUAAGAUGAAGAAUAAAGAUCCUUUGUUUAAUCGGAGAGGUCAAUUAAGAGUUUCAUGUGAAGACAAAUUAUGGAUGUUGCUGUUACUAUUAAAUGUAAUGCUUUUCUUUAUUAUUUAAUGAAGUAAUGUUAAAUGUUUGCGUA